AUGAAUCACGCAAAUCAGUCACAAUCUUCGUUGAAUGAUAAUAACUAUUAUGAUAUAUCCAUCGGCAGAAAUGUGUCAGGUAACGGCAUGAACGGUAAUAAGACAUUUCCAUCUGUUUAUCCUCCAAGGAGGGUUGGGUCAUUAAGUUCAUUACUUACUUUAAAUGACUCUAAAAGACCUGGCGAUUACUACAUCCAAAAAAUGAGUAACAGCUCAAUUAACUUGACUGGAAGCAAUCCGAAACAAAAACAUACGGGUUCACUUAAUGUCGCCAAUAGACCUAAGUCUGGCGAAUCCAUACUAUCGUUACAAUCCAAUUAUUCCGACGAGACGUCGCUGGCUAAUUCGUCACAAUUUGAUGUGCCAGAUUCAAGGUUGAGCUCAUUGACUAGUAACUCCCUUAUCUCCCCAAGUCAGUCACCAUCUCAUCAUCAGUUUGGGGCUAAUAAAAAUUCCAGUGCGAACUCUAGUGCAAACACUAGUAAUUCUGCUAGCGAAUCUAAUGAUAAAACUAAUGAUAAAAUUAAUGAAGAAAAUGAAAAUGAGGAUGAAAGCAACGAUCAGAUUAACUCAUCUCUAUCAACACUUACUUUGAAAAAUCAAAGUAUUGAUUCGAAUUCUGAUCUAUCAUAUAAUCAAUCACCAUCUGCAGGCCAAGUUGUUAGACCAAGGUUGAAAGCAUCAUCCACGACAAAUGUCAUCAAACAAAGACCACCGAAGCUUCAAGCAAUGAAGUCAGCCACAUCCUUACAAAGAGCAAAAACAAAAUUCCUUAGUGCGAAAGAAACUAAAGAAAGACAGCAGCUACGUAAAAAGCUUUAUGAUGAAAAUGACGACGACGACAUACUAGCUAAUGACCUUGAUAUUUUCAAUGUUCCAGUUAUUAAAAAUCAUGCUGAGUUAUACAUCAAUAAUAAUUCUUCGAAGUAUUUAUCUCGUCACGAUUUAGUAACUGAUGAUAGCAAAUAUAAUGUAAACAGUUCAACUGACAUGAAACCUUGUCCCUUGCCUGGAAGAUUAAAUUCAACUUCUGACAUAUCUUGCAGCUCUAAUAUAAGAACUGAUAUUUCAGAUGACAGUAUCUUGGAAGAAAAUGAAAAUUCAUUUUCCUUAGGUGCUGAUAACGAUGGUGAGAUUUCCCAGAAUAUUUCAAACUUUUACAACCAAAGAUCGGAGUCAGUUUCAAAGUUAAAGAAAAUGACUAGAGAGCAGAAUAUGAUGUAUAAACUUCCAACGUUUAUUAAAUCACAGUCUUCUAUCGAAGAUAUAAACUUAAUUUCACCUGAGAAGAUAAACUGUUUGGAUCAGACGAGGCCAAUUAAUCUUCCUCCAAAAACUAUUACUGAUAAAUCAAAGCACAAUAAAGAAUUUCAACGGGUGUUAAAUAAUUACGAGAAUAAUACGAAAUUGUUCAAUGAAUCAAGGAAGAGAGUUAGUGAGUCAAUAGUUAAUCAACAACAACAAUGGUUUAAGUUAAUGAUGAGUAAUGAGAAAGAAUUCAACAAGAAAUUGUCGAGUGAUAAGGUUAUGGUUAGAAAAUUAUCGUGGGAAUCAAAUUGUCCUGAUAAAUUUAGGUACGAGUUUUUUAUGAACGCUCUAUCUCAAGAUAAUGAACAGACCAUAACAAACUUAAAGAAUUCCUUCGAGGCAUCGAAAAACAAAUAUAACAACUUAUCUCAUUCGAUUAAGAUUAAUAAGGAUAUUGAAUUUAAAAAUCUCAUUGAUUUAAUAUUGCAAAGACCACUUUAUGAUUCGAUUAUGAAAGAAUUUAAUGAAAAUUCUGAAGUUAAUUUUAGUUUGGAUGACUUUAAGACUGACUUUAAAUAUUUGCUUUAUAUUAAGUCAUUAUCUGAAAGCGGCUUACGAAAACAGGAUGAAAUUUUCUUGAUUCCAUUCUUUUUGAUUUUGUUGCAGAAUGAAAACACAAUGCAAGAGAUUUACGUAUUGAUUGAAUUAAUUAACCAUGAAGUUUUAGAUGGCCAAUUUUUGAAAGAGUUAAAUAAGUCAUUUGGAGCUUGGACGAGUGUUCAUAAUUUUUCUUCGUCAAGUAUUCUAUACAAAUUCUUAUACAAGUUUAACAAUUUGAAAGAAUUUGAAAAUUUGAAUUCCAUUCAUUUUUUUGAAAUGCUUAUUCAAAUUAACGAUAAAUUACCAUUAAGUUUGUCUGCUCCUUCCACUCCGGUAGUUAGCCAAUCUGGGCAAUUUUCAUUUGCGAGCCCAAAAACUAAUGGAGGUGACUCUAGCAAUUCCUCAAAAACAAACUCAAUCGAUCAGAUGAGCGAAUUGAGUAUACAAAAUGCAUUGAAUUCAUCUGCGUAUAAUCUAAUUUUGAAGUUUCUUCAAUUGAUCAUAGUAUAUGCACAUUCUAAGAAGACAAAAAGUAAGAAUAAUUUAAAAGUCUUCCAAAGUUUCCUUAUGAUUAUCUUCCAAUACUAUCACAUAAACUGGAAUAAUUAUAGUGAAUUAGUCAAAUUGAAUAGAUCAAUUAAAUUAAAUAACAGUGCAGAUCAAUCGGCUAAUUUAGAAUGCUUUGUUGAUAAGUGGAAGGACGCUUUCAAAAGAUUUUAA